AUGGAGGAGUCAGUUCAGGAUAACACCCGUGAUUUCCCCCCUUUGGUUGAGUCGCCACCUGCAUCACAAGGGAACAGUGGUCCAUCUGGCCAUGUCCCUCCUCGGAAUGCCUGGAGCCGUGGGGCUCCUUCUUUUUCCAACAAUACCGGUUAUACUGGUCAGGCCUUCAAGAGGAGGAACGUGGUCAGGUUGAAGCAUAGGGGUUCCAGAGAAGAGCUCCCUGAUAGGAGGUUUGUAGUUAGGGAGUUGCUGUGUCAGCAGAUGGGGUUUGUGCCCGCAGAUAUUUUGGCAGUCAUCAACCUCCCUGACAGACGGGGGUAUGAUGUCAGCUUCAAGCUCAUGUCUGGCUUGGACAGGUUCUGGGCCGGCUUUAGUGGGUUUCGGGAUAAAGAGGGGUGGAAGAUUUUCACCUUCAUCCCCAUCUCCAAACCUGACACAGCAAACGUUAACAUCAUUUUCUGGAAUGAGUCUGUGCCCCCCCAGGAUAUUGUAGUCUGGCUCAGAAGGCAUUGUGAGAUGGUCUCUGAUCUGACCAAAACUAGGGACAGUGAUGGGAUCUGGACUGGAGGUUGGAGGGUUCUUGUCAAGCUGAGGCAGAGUAACAAUGUCACCCAUCACCUUCCAAACUCCUUUUUCAUUGGGCGGGAGAGGGGAGUUUGCUUCUAUGCAGGUCAGCCCAGGCUAUGUUUCAAAUGCGGUAGGUCGGGUCAUGUGGCGAGUGUCUGCUCUAUCAUGAAGUGUAAUCUGUGUGGGGAGGUCGGCCAUGUCAGUUCUACCUGUGAGAACAUCAAGUGCAAUCUAUGUGGUAGGCUUGGCCAUUUACACAGAGAUUGCCCGGUGGCUUUCCACAAUAGGGAUGAGGAAUCAGUGGAUGAGGAAUUUCUGGUGGCAGCAGAACACCUGGAGGAGGAAGCCUUAAUGAAUGGGGUCAUAUCAACUGAGGGGGAGGUAAACCCAGAAGUCCAAGGGGCCAGCCUCGGGCAGGAGGGCAGUGUUCAGCAGACUGAGGAGCAGCGGCCAUCUGUGGCCAUCCCAUCCAUUUCAGUUCCUGCCUCUGUGGAGAACAUUCCCAGGCAGAAGAGAAGGAAUAGGAAGGACAAGGCCACCCGUAAACCUGAAAGUGAAUGGACCCGAGUGCAGAAAUCCGUUAAGAAAGUGAGAAGGGCGCCAGAAGGUAGUAUGGCAGUCGGCAACCAGUAUGAUGUCCUCUCAGAGUCAGAUGCCAACUCCUGUGAUCUAGAGGACCAAAUGGAGGAAGAAGUAGAAGGGAAUCUGCAGCUAGUUCAGGGGAGGACCCACCCACUAAGAAGCGCCCGCCCCCGGCUCCCGUAUUUGUAG